CUAUAACUACCCAGUUUUGCAACCAUGGAGUCCAUGCUUAAUAAGUUGAAGAGUACUGUUACAAAAGUAACAGCUGAUGUUACCAGUGCUGUAAUGGGAAAUCCUGUCACUAGAGAAUUUGAUGUUGGUCGACACAUUGCCAGUGGUGGUAAUGGGCUAGCUUGGAAGAUUUUUAAUGGUACAAAAAAGUCAACUAAACAGGAAGUGGCUGUUUUUGUCUUUGAUAAAAAGCUGAUAGACAAAUACCAAAAAUUUGAAAAGGAUCAAAUCAUCGAUUCUCUAAAGCGAGGAGUCCAGCAGUUAACUCGUCUACGACACCCUCGACUUCUUACUGUUCAGCAUCCUUUGGAAGAAUCUAGGGAUUGCUUGGCAUUUUGCACAGAACCAGUUUUUGCCAGUUUAGCCAAUGUACUUGGUAAUUGUGAAAACCUACCUUCCCCUGUGUCUCCAGAAAUUAAGGACUAUAAACUUUAUGAUGUAGAAACCAAAUAUGGGUUGCUUCAGGUUUCUGAAGGAUUAUCAUUUUUGCAUAGUAGUGUGAAAAUGGUUCAUGGAAAUAUUACACCUGAAAAUAUUAUCCUGAAUAAAAGUGGAGCUUGGAAAAUAAUGGGCUUUGAUUUUUGUGUUUCAUCAGCCAAUCCUUCUGAACAAGAGCCUAAGUUUCCUUGUAAAGAAUGGGACCCAAAUUUACCAUCAUUGUGUCUUCCAAAUCCUGAAUAUCUGGCUCCUGAAUACAUUCUUUCUGUGAGCUGUGAAACGGCGAGUGAUAUGUACUCUUUAGGAACUGUCAUAUAUGCUGUAUUUAACAAAGGGAAACCUAUAUUUGAAGUCAACAAGCAAGAUAUAUAUAAGAGCUUCAGUAGGCAAUUGGAUCAGUUGAGUCGUUUAGGAUCUAGUUCUCUUACAAGUAUCCCUGAGGAAGUUCAGGAACAUGUGAAACUACUAUUGAAUGUAACUACAACUGUAAGACCAGAUGCAGAUCAAAUGACAAAGAUUCCCUUCUUUGAUGAUGUUGGUGCAGUAACACUUCAGUAUUUUGAUACCUUAUUCCAAAGAGAUAAUCUUCAGAAAUCACAAUUUUUCAAAGGACUGCCAAAGGUUCUACCAAAACUACCCAAGCGUGUCAUUGUACAGAGAAUUUUGCCUUGUUUGACUUCAGAAUUUGUAAAUCCUGAUAUGGUACCUUUUGUUUUGCCCAAUGUUCUAUUGAUUGCUGAAGAAUGUACCAAAGAAGAAUAUAUCAAAUUAAUUCUACCUGAACUUGGUCCUGUCUUUAAACAACAGGAACCAAUCCAGAUUUUGUUAAUUUUUCUACAAAAAAUGGACUUGCUACUAACCAAAACCCCUCCCGAGGAGAUAAAGAACAGUGUCCUGCCAAUGGUUUAUAGAGCACUAGAAGCACCUUCCAUUCAGAUUCAGGAACUCUGCUUAAAUAUUAUUCCAACCUUUGCAAAUCUUAUUGACUAUCCAUCCAUGAAAAAUGCUUUGAUACCAAGAAUUAAGAAUGCAUGUCUACAAACAUCUUCCCUUGCUGUUCGUGUAAAUUCAUUAGUGUGCUUAGGAAAGAUUUUGGAAUACUUGGAUAAAUGGUUUGUACUUGAUGAUAUCCUGCCCUUCUUACAACAAAUUCCAUCCAAGGAACCCGCUGUCCUCAUGGGAAUUUUAGGUAUAUACAAGUGUACUUUUACACAUAAGAAGUUGGGAAUCACCAAAGAACAGCUGGCUGGAAAAGUACUGCCUCAUUUGAUUCCCCUGAGUAUUGAAAACAAUCUUAAUCUUAAUCAGUUCAAUUCUUUCAUUUCCGUCAUAAAAGAGAUGCUUAAUAGAUUGGAGUCUGAACAUAAGACCAAACUGGAGCAGCUUCAUAUAAUGCAAGAGCAGCAGAAGUCUCUAGAUAUAGGGAAUCAAAUGAAUACUUCUGAGGAGUUAAAAGUUACAAAUGCUGGGUCUCAGCAGAUUGACAAAGUCUUCAAUAACAUUGGAACGGACUUUCUGACUGGUGGCGAGUCAGAAAAUAAAGAGGAUGGCUCACACAGUAAACAUAAAAGAGCAUCACUGACACUUGAAGAAAAACAAAAAUUAGCAAAAGAACAGGAGCAGGCACAGAAGUUGAAAAGUCAGCAGCCUCUUAAACCCCAGGUGCACACACCUGUCGCUUCAGUCAAACAGACUAAAGACUUGACAGAUACAUUGAUGGAUAACAAUAUGUCGUCUCUUUCAAGCCUUUCUGUUAAUACCCCUAACAUUUCUGCUUCAAGUACCUUCACUUCUGUUCCUCCCAUGGGCCUUGGCAUGAUGUUUUCUACACCAGUUGAUAAUACAAAGAGAAAUUUAACAAAUGCCUUAAAUGCUAACAUGGGCUUUCAGACUCCAGGAUUCAGCAUGCCAGUUAACACAAACCAGAACUUUUUCAGUGGUCCAAGCACAUCUGGAGUGAGCAAAAUGCCAUUGGGAACACCUUCCUCUUUGCCGAAUUUCAAUGCUCUGAGUGUUCCUCCUGCUGGUACAAAGCAACCUCAACAACGACCUACAGAUAUGUCUGCCCUUAAUAAUCUUUUUGGCCCUCAGAAACCCAAAGUUAGCAUGAACCAGUUAUCACAGCAGAAACCAAAUCAGUGGCUUAAUCAGUUUGUACCUCCUCAAGGGUCUCCAGGAAUGGGCAGCUCAGUGAUGGGAGCACAGAUGAACAUGAUAGGACAAUCUGCCUUUGGUGUGCAGGCUAAUCCUUUCUUUAACCCACAGAACUUUGCACAGCCACCCACUACUAUGACUAAUAACAGUUCAGCUAGCAAUGAUUUAAAAGAUCUUUUUGGGUGAGAUGUCUUAGUCUGCUUUUGAAGAACUACUUCCAGUUUAAUCAUGGGUGAGCUGAUUUACAUCUUUAUAUUGCUGGCUUGCAGGAACUCCAACUAUGGGAAAGUUGAUGGUUCUUUGACAGAAAACAGUUGUUUCCAUGCCAACAUCAUAAUCUUGUGAACUCCUAACAGUUGAGAUUUUUAUUUAAAAAAAAACGAAGAUUUUUCCUUUAAUCAACUUGUCUUCAGGUUUUUAAAUGACUCAGAUCUUACCAAUUUCAAAAAAGACAAAGAUACUUGAGUAUCCUUAAUAGCAUAAUUUUUUAAUUCAAAUGUUUAUUUGAGCUUGUAAAUCUUGCUGUUAUUUACAGUUUUGAGUUGAUGACAAUAGCAAGUUUCAUCUCUUAAAUACUACAUGGUACAGUCUGUCCUCAUGAGUCACUAGUCUUCAUUUAAUGUGAAAAAUCUUAAUGCUGUAUUGAUUUAUUUGCAUUUAGUAUGAAAGCGAUAAGCAUAAUGAAAGGGAGCAGGUCAUUUGCUUUUUCCAAUCUUAUUUACUCAGAUAACUAAUGUUUAGUACCCCCCAAAUGGAACAAAUACUAUACAUUUUAAGUUAAUUUAAAUUGUAUUGGUUCAAAAUAAAAGCAUAACUAACCAUCUUAAAUGCAAACUAAUCAUUGUAAAUUAUAUUUUAGCAUGGUCUGCUCAAGUAAUAAUGUUUUUUCUGCAUUAACUUAAAUUCAGAGUCACUUUUUUCCUGCUGUAUCACAGGCAGAAGAGGCAUAUACUGAUCUGUACAGAUAUUUGGCAGAAUCCUCUGGUAUGAUUCCCUGACUACUGCCUUCAUGUUUUGUUUUGAAUUUGAACUUCUGAGGUUGCAACAUACAUGAAUUGCAUUUUCAAAAUAUUUGUAAAAACUUAAACUAUAUUUAAUGAGUAAAUUUUUGAAAUUUCUGCUGUAUUGUUUUAAAUGUAAUAAACUUUACUUCUUUAAAAA